CAGAAUCCUGAGUUACCUCUCUCCAGAAAGAUCACUGAGAUUCUUGUGGCUACGAUUUCCUUCCUUUUGCCAAGUGCAGAAAAUUCCUCAGUGGAGGCAGAUAAAAAGUUUAUAGUGUCCCUUCUGUUGUGCCUGUUAGACUGGUGCAUGGCCCUUCCCCUGCAAACAUUGCUUGAGCCAAUAUCUACAUUCCCCCUUGAGGAGCCACAUCAACCUAAACCAUCCCUCCUUGACUACAUUUACAGAGUUCUACAUUGUUGUGUGUGUGGCUCCAACACAUACACUCAACAAAGCCAGUAUAUUUUAAGUCUGGCUGAUCUCUCCUCUAUAGACUAUGACCCAUUUCUACCUUUAGGGAAUGUAAAAAAUUCUGAGCCUCCGCCUUCAUAUAACUCCUCUGAUUUCAGCAAUCUCCUCACUGUGGCAGAAGAAAAGAAGAGAAGAAAUAUGGAGCUCAUCCCUCUGACAGCUCGUAUGGUCAUGACACAGCUUGUGAAUCACUUAGGACACUAUCCACUCAGUGGUGGCCCUGCCAUUUUACACAGCUUGAUUAACGAGAAUCAGGAUAACCCUUAUGUGGAGGCAUCAGAGUUGUCAAAUGAUGUGUUCCGAAGUCCCAACUUGCAGCUUUUUGUAUUCAACGAUAGUGCUCUUAUUUCAUAUCUGCAAAUCCCUGCAGAAAAUUCUGUUGGAAGAGACUCAGCAGGAGUACCCGGUGAUGUACGGAUAAUUGUCCGAGAUAUCUCAGGGAAAUACUCUUGGGAUGGUGGAAUCAUGUAUGGACCACUAGAAUGUCCUGCUAUUUUUUUAAAAGAGAGAAAACUGAAGACAGCACAUCAGGUCUCUGAAUAUCAGAGCUUGUCACGGUCAGAUCCAGUGGAAGGAGAAGGAGUGGAUGCUCUUGAUUUACUUUUGGAAAGACUUGGCACCAUAAGUCCAGAGUGCCUACAACAUACGGAGCUGAAGCUGAAUGAACCUGCUUUACCUCCUGUUGGAAUGAGCCGUGAACAGGAAGAGGAGAUCAUUGAGGCAAUCACAAGACAGAGUUCCAGUGAGGCUGAGCACAUUCAGAGGUGUAACUGUGACCCCAGCAUCAGGGUCUCAUGCCAAGAGGAACCCAGUACAGCUGAGCCUCAGGCACCAUUUCAUUUCUGUAGGCUUCUUCUGAAUGAUCUAGGGAUGAAUUCAUGGGAGAGAAGAAAAAAUUUCCAUCUGUUGAAGAAAAACUCAAAGUUAUUACGAGAGCUUAAAAAUCUGGAUUCCAGGCAGUGUCGGGAAACCCACAAGAUUGCAGUGUUUUACAUCGCUGAGGGACAGGAAGACAAGUGCUCCAUACUGUCUAACAGUUGCGGAAGCAAGGCGUAUGAAGAGUUUGUAGCAGGACUUGGGUGGGAGGUUGACCUUUCCACACACUGUGGAUUUAUGGGUGGUCUACAGAGAAAUGGAAGCACUGGACAAACUGCACCGUACUAUGCUACCUCCACUGUUGAAGUGAUUUUCCAUGUGUCUACACGGAUGUUAUCUGACUCUGAUGAUUCUCUAACCAAAAAACUUCGACACCUGGGAAAUGAUGAAGUUCACAUUGUGUGGUCUGAACACACUAGAAGCUACAGAAGGGGCAUUAUACCUACAGACUUUGGUGAUGUUUUGAUUAUCAUUUACCCAAUGAAGAAUCGGAUGUAUUUUAUUGAAAUCAUGAAGAAACCAGAGGUGCCAUUUUUUGGUCCCCUUUUUGAUGGCGCUAUUAUAACAGAGACGCUCCUACCAACACUUGUUUGUGCAACUUGCAUCAACGCCAGCAGAGCAGUGAAGUCUCUUAUCCCUCUCUACCAGAGCUUGUAU